AUGAAAUUCACCCAAGCGGAUUGGGAACAGCAUGUUGCGAACAAUCACGUGCCUUACCGCCGUGAUUGUGCAGUUUGCGUGCACGGUGCCGGAAACGGCCGCCGCCACCACCGUGUAGUUCACCCGGAUGUGUAUUGCAUGUCAGCCGACAUUGCGGGGCCCAUCCGUGUGAAGGGCAAAGACCCAGAAAGCCGCAACCACCGACCAGCCACGUUCAAGUACUUCCUCGCUGUGUCGUACCGCUUCCCACGGCUCAGAGGAGUGAAGGAGGAGUCAGACCCCAGCCAAACCGAGGGGUUUGAUGAUGCAGCACUCCUCCCGGGAGGGACGGAUGACCUUGCAGAUGAGGCCUUUCCCGCAGCAGAAGGCCCCCCGUGCGAGGAUUACGAGGACUCCCUGUACGAGCCAAGUUUAGCGGAAGAAGAGGAGGAGGCGGAAGGUGAAGGAGUUGAAGGGCCUAGGGAGUUUGCAGCCAAAGUUGCCGAGGAGCAUCCCUGGGAGUCAGCCAGGUGUGAACUCGAAACACCGCCUGACAUGGCGAGGCUGGUGUUUGCAGUGCCACUUCACACAAACAAGGGAGACUCGCUUGAGGAGGAGCACACACCACCUCCACGCAGGGUUCGCGGCAAGCGGUCUGCUGGUGUGAGACUUGACGACGUCUUUGCACUUGACCCGCCGCCCCCCUUGCCGCCGCCAGCAGAAGCUCCACACCCGGAAGGGCCUGUGUCACCGGUUGAGGAGGAGUCUGCCCGUGUAGCGCGCUUGAGUCUGCAAGACCUUGAAGGUUUAGCUACGGAGCUUAUCGAGGACGACUGGGACCUUGAUGAAGCGUUGUGGGUGUUAGCCGAAGUGUGCAGAGCAGCGCCCCAGCUGCAACACAAAGCUGGGUUGUACCGUCACGGAGGUGUCGUAGGAGUUUUAGGGGGUACCACAGAUAAGCCUUGGCUGACAGAGCUUAUGAAUAUGGUGCUUUCGGCAGUUGCACCCACAGCAGAGUACACCUCGCUUUGGUUGUCUAACUCCACUGUUCAACCCGUGCACGCCGACCACCACAACCUGCAGGGAUCCACAAAUGUAGUCCUCCCUUUGAAGCUCCCGCCUAACGGAGGGGAUUUGUGGAUAGAACUCAAGCCUGGUGACCUAGUCAGUGGCCCUGUAGAGGAGCGGGUAGACGGCAAAGGCAGGCGCUGGUUGGGGACAACUCACAAGUUAGAGCGCGGUAAGCCCUUCUUCCUAGACCCUACUCGCCGCCACGCCACCACUCCCUGGAAGGGUGAGAGAGCAGUGCUUGUCGGCUACACUGUCAACACGUUAGGCAAAGAGCUUGAGCACGAGUUUCAAAGCCUUGAAGCUUUAGGUUUUCCACUCCCAGCGUCGGUACGUUUACCGCUGACUGAGCAGCAAGACGUGAGACGUCUAGACGCGUUUGACUGCUUCGAAGAAGAGCCCCUUCAGGAGACAAAGGCACGUCACCCUGACGGGAAGACUUCUGAGUUAGCGCCUGGGACUGUGCUUAAAGGCGGAGGUUGGAAAGAAACCCAAGCCGUAGAAGCAGGUACUGUAGAGCUGGAGGUGUCGUGGAACCUGAAACACUCGCCGGACCACAGGCGAACCCAGUCUGAGCACGCCCUGCUGGCUUGCCAACCAGACACCGAGACACAGGUUGAGGAGGAGGAGAGCUCAAGCGAAGACUCCUUGCCGGAGCAACCAGUGCUGUGGGAGUUGUGGGUUCCAGACCCGCAGACAGGUGAGCAGCUGUGUGUUCUCAGGUCUGACGACUCGGACGCGAGUGAAGCUUGCGCCCUUUGCAAGUCUGAGCCGGUUUACACUACCAACGUGGAGCUGUUGCUUGACGGGUUGCAAGAACCACUGCAGGUAGUCCACACUGUAGACCCUCGGGAUGCAGAGCAAUGCAUCGAGAAGUGGAUGCCGUCCAUUCACAAAGAGAUCGGUGUCAUUGAGAAGGCUGUGCGGCGACUGCCCCCUGCAGAGGGUGACGCUGCCCUCGCUACCCGGAAGGGUCAAGCUUACCACAAACGCAAGGCUCGCUUGGUCGCUUGUGGCAACCACGCCUACAGUGAAACUCAAGCUGUGGGCACUGGGACCGUGGCGCAGCAAGACCUGCAGCUGAGUGCCUUCGCUGUCCUGCUCGCCUUCUUUCAGGUCGUAGGUGCUGCCAGCCAGACAACGGACGAGGAAGAAGACUUGUCUCUCCCCGUGUCGCUUGAUGCAGAUUUGAUGUUGGCAGUAUCCAUCAUCUGCAUUGGUAUCUGCUUCAUUGCAGUGUGGGAGUUCUUCAAGUGGUGCCUUCAAGGCGUCAUCUCCCGCCGAGAGGCAGGGACACCCGUGUUGUCUCUGAGCCCCCGCAAGGCGCGCAAGUUACAGCGCCUUCGAGAUCAAACUGCGCAGGCCAUCCAGGCCGAGAUCUCUGCACGUGAGGAGGCAGCAAGCUCGCAGUUUGUUGCUGCAGCGCCCAGUUUGUUGAGUUUCAAGUGUGCCAGCAGUGCCACGGCAGCACCCAGCACAGCACAGGGUAGGAACUACUCCACCCUAACGGGUUGGAUCUCUCAGUGA